AUGCAGAUGAAUUCUCUGGGUGGCAGCAAGUAUCUACUGCUGCUCGUGAACGAAGCCAGUGGAUGCAUGAAAGGCUUCUGUCUACGUGUGAAGUCGGAGAGUGAAAACUACAUCACACGAUACAUCACGAUGGUGCAAGCGCAGUUUGACAAGAAGGUCAAGCUCGUCCGACACGACGGAGCUCGCGAGUUCGCAACCAACUCGCUUCAAGAAUUCUACGAAGAUGAAGGCAUUGAGCAGCAGACGACGGUGCCACAUGCACACCAGACCAACGGCACGGCAGAGCUCGCCAUUCGGACUAUCGUCACAAUUGGUCGCAGCAUGCUCUAUUAUGCUAAGUUGGAAAAGUGCUUCUGGGCAGAAGCAGCAAUGACGGCAAUCUAUGUCAAGAACCGUCUGCCGUCGCCUAAAGUUAUGCACAAGACUCCGUUCGAGAUCGUCCACAACUCCAAGCCAAGUGUCAAGCACAUGCGGGUGUUCGGUUGUCAGGUUUACAUACUGACACCGAAGGAGAAGCGGCUCAAGUGGGACCCCAAGGCUCGCACUGGAAUAUUCUUGGGCUACGAAGAAGCAUCCAAGCGUAUCGCGUUUAUGACAUCGAGGCGGGGCAGGUGGUCAUCAGUCGCGAUGUCAACUUUGACGAGUCCGCCUUUGGACUUUCGCCGCCAACCACCGCUGAAGACGCCGAUGACCUUGACUUCGACUCCCUCGAUCUGGAUGAUGAAGCGCCAGGUCAAGCGCAGUACAAGAAAGCAGGCAAGCGCAAGAGUUGUUCCCAUGAUGAAGGAGUACCAGCUCCACCCACUCGCACAGUGCGUCAACGGCCUGGACUAG